GUAGCUACGGCGAUCAAUCAGUCUUGGAAGUGACUUCAUCGAGAGCGGGUUUCCGAAGUGUUUUGUCUCCGUCGUCGUCGUCGUUGGUGCGUUUUGUUUGUUUGUCGGUGGAGUUUUUCUGCAACUUCAUUGCGCGGGAGUGUUGAGGCACUUCGCUGAACCUUUUCCUUAGUCGGGCGGCCGGGUUGCACGCGAAAGAGAGUGUUGUGUGUUUUAAUAGUUCAUUGGGUUGUUUUGUGUGUUUUUGGCUGAGGAAGGCUCUUUGGGUUGCCUUUUGUGGAUCGUUGUACGGUUUGAAGUCGGUGAAAAAAGAAUCAGAUCCAAAAUGUGGUCGAUGCUGAGCGUGGUCGUGGUGCUCAGCGCCCUCAUAACACCCUCCAUAACACUGCCAAAUGGAGCUCCAACAAGUGUUUGUAACACGUUACUUCCGUUUCACGGUGGAGGAAUUCCACCGCUGACCACCACCUCCCCGUUCCGGAUAACGCCGGUUACUUCCGUCAUCGGUAGCGGCCAGGUGCUGCAGGUUGAAAUCGAGUCAUUCCCAGCCAGUGUUGUGUUCAAGGGUUUCAUGGUUCAGGCCCGGAAUCGACAGGCCCCGAAUCAGGUGCUCGGCCGAUUCGAGCUGACCGAUGAAGAUGCCAUCAAAUUGAUCAACUGUGGCGGCCAGGAUGAUACGGCCACCCACACCAAUACCAAAACCAAGAAAGAUCUGGCCCUGGAGUGGAUCGCCCCAUCCGACUUCACCGGAGAGAUCGUCUUCAACGGAACCAUCGCUCAGGAUUACGACAAGUUUUGGGUUGGCAUCGAAUCCUCGCCUGUUAAAAUAGUUGCUAGCGGGCAGAGCCCACCGGGAGUCGUCGGAAUUUCCACUAGCCGAAGGCCACCUGUAACGACCACUGUUCCGUCCUAUGUUUCUCCAACUGUUGCAAAGACUGAAUCGGUCGAUCCCAUAUACCAGGGCUGUGGCGAUAUCAAGGGAUGCUUUGGUUUCCCGGAGGGUUGUGUCGACAGCCAAAGCUGUCAAGCCAUCGUAGCCACCACCGUCCAAGGAGAGCGAUACAUUUUCGAAAUGAAGUCAGGCUCCAAACGUCCUGCCUACAUUGCCGUUGGUCUGUCGAUGGACGACCGGAUGGGUGACGAUUCCGUGAUCGAGUGCGUUCCGGAACAAGGUACCGUCAAUGCGUACGCUUCGUGGACAUUCGCCGGACCGUACGGUGUUUCCCGGGAAGGAAUCGCCCAGAAUUUCUUCCGGCUGCUGGAGAAGACCUACAACGAUGGAGAAAUCUACUGCCGAGUCGAACGGGAUGCCGUCAGUACCGUAAAGGGCCAGAAGUUCGAUUUGAUCAACGGAAAGUACCAUUUGAUGGUUGCCGUCGGUAGCAAAGCUGAUUCAACCCACGUUUCCUACCACGACAUCGGACGUCAUGUGUCAGGAGCUCCCAUGGCUUUGGCCGAGGUUGGACCAGUGAUGGGACGGGGAAAACUUAUGGUGCGACUUCAUGGUGCUUUCAUGUUGACGGCCUGGAUCGGAACCGCUUCCCUAGGAAUUCUGUUGGCUCGUUAUUUCCGACAAACCUGGGUCGGCAGCCAGUUGUGCGGCAAGGAUCAAUGGUUCGCUUGGCAUCGAUUCAUGAUGGUGAUCACGUGGACCCUAACCAUCGCCGGUUUCAUCAUCAUCUUCGUCGAUUUGGGCCGUUGGUCGCCCAGUCCGCAUGCCUUCGUGGGUUUGGCCACCACGAUCAUCUGUUUCCUGCAACCGAUUGGGGCCUACUUCAGACCCCACCCUGGUACCAAGCGGCGGCCGGUGUUCAACUGGCUGCACUGGUUGGGCGGUAAUUUGGCCCACAUCCUUGCCAUCGUUGCCAUAUUCUUCGCCGUUAAGCUGCAGAAGGCAGAACUUCCCGACUGGCUCGAUUUUAUUCUGAUCGCAUUCGUGGCGUUCCACGUGAUCAUGCACUUGAUCUUCUCCAUUUUCUUCUGGAUGCAGAUUGGAGGCUGCGUAACCGAUCGGCGCAACAGCCAGCGGGUAACCUCGUUCCCGAUGGCCGACAUGACUCCUUCCCGCAAUUCUAUGAGUUCCGGCGAGCGCAAACAAGAUGCAGCUUUCGGUGGCUUCCGGAAAGUGAUGCUGUUCUUCUACACCUUGAUCAUUGUGGCUUUCGUGAUUGCCCUGGUUGUGAUCGUAGUGCUGGCCCCCAUUGAAGUCACCGUCGAGAGCAUUAAGAAACAGAUCAUGAACUAGAGGAAGAUGGUCACAGUAUCAACCCAGGGAAUCCUGAAACCGCUCACACGUUUUUGUGCUAAAUUGAAUAAUUUUCUCCCGAUAAAUUGUACUUUUUUACCCCCAUUGCAUUGGCCUUCCCGGUGCAGGAUCCGGGGCAGGGCGUUUCUACGUUCAGAUAUGUUUUGAUUUGUACAUUAUCAGAGAUCGUUCUUAACCUAACCGAAAGUAUUCUCGUGUAGAUAAGUGUGUAUAGUUGAAGUUAUAAUGUAUCGCGUAAAUUCGUCAAGAAUAAGGUUUGAACUAUUUAGAGAAUCGAACGCACAGGAACCGAAGCGGGUGUACAGAAUUUAGAUAGAAUCUCGAAUCUACGGAGAUGUGAACGUACAUAUGUUAAUUGAAUUCGAUCAAAUCAUCUUGGCAUCUGUAAAGAUCAGAUGCGAAACCGAAGAUAAAAUCGUCAAACGUUGUCUUUAAAGGGUAACAAAUCAAAAUAAAAAACCAGUAUUUAUUAACACAUCAAGAUGAGGCAUUUCGAGACUUAUUGUUGUAGUAAAGUUUUGCGUAUCGAUGAUUUUUAACCUAACUAUAUGUUUUUCGGAAAAUUCAGCUAAAUUGUUUAUUGAUAAUUUAUAGAUGAAAAGUAACCCAAUGUAUUUGAAUAGGAAAUAUUGCGUAAAUUGAAGGAAAUCUAUUGAUUAGAAACUAAAAGACAGUAAAAUAAAUGUUGCCAUCCGUCUACUGUUUAUUUAAGUAUUUUAA